GAAGCUAUCAAUCAGUCGAUCCCCCACAUAUACACACACGAGUCACCGACGUCAGACACCAAGCGACGAGAGUAAAUCGGCCAUCAUGUCGUGGGCCGGCUUCAAGAAGAAUGUCAACCGGGCAACGACCCAGGUGAUGAUGAAGACGGGUCAUGUCGAGAAGACCAACGAUCGCGAUUAUGAGGUUGAGGAGAGACGCUUCAAGACUAUGGAGGCGGCAUCCCUACGACUACAAAAAGAGGCCAAGGGCUAUCUUGAUUCACUACGAGCAAUGACGGCCUCACAAAUGCGCAUCGCCGAGACCAUCGACGCCUUCUACGGUGAUGCUGGUGCCAAAGACGGAGUCAGCCGGAGUUACAAGCAAGCAGUGGAAGACCUGGACGCCGAAACGAUCAAGGCCUUGGACGGACCAUAUCGAACAACAGUCCUAGAACCGAUUUCCAGAUUCUGCGCUUAUUUUCCCGACGUUAACGAAUGCAUCAAGAAGCGCGGUCACAAACUCCUCGAUUACGACGCCCUCCGCGCCAAAGUGAAGAAACUCGUCGAGAAGCCCGACAAGGACGUGACCAAGCUCCCGCGGGCCGAGAAGGAGAUGGAGAUGGCCAAGGGAGCCUACGAGCAGCUCAACGAGCAAUUGUGCACCGAGCUACCGCAGCUUAUCGACCUCCGCGUGCCUUACCUCGACCCGUCGUUCGAGGCCCUUGUCAAGAUUCAGCUCCGAUUCUGCGCCGAAGCAUACAGCCGCAUGGCCCAAGUACAGCAGUACCUCGAUCCAGACACGCGGGAGCAGUAUGCUCAGGGUCAGCUAGAUACCAGGGUCGAGCAGGUGUUGCAGGAGAUCAGGGAACUCAGUAUCAGUGGAACUGUUUAAAUAACAGGGCGCGGUGCGAACGCGAAAAGGGACAGGACGACAUGAUAUUAUGUGUCGUGCGGAUUGGUUCGAGUGUAAUAGGUUGGGAUUGGGGGAUUGGGGGGAAUUGUGGAAAAGAGGGAGGACCAUCACCAUCAACUACUCAUGACGACAUAUACCUCGUUACUCUUUUUCUUUCUUUUUUUCUUCGUUAUUGCUUAAUACGGCGUAC